AUGUCAUUUAAUUUCUGUUGUUUGUGGGAUUUAUAUAAUAUCGAUACAAUAAUUCCAUUACACACAAGUACCAAAACAACAACUAUACAUCGUUCGACCGACAAUGUUCAUGAUGUACAGUCAUUAUUACCACCUACAAGUACGCUUUCACAUUCGACGUCGAAUACAGCCUCAAUGCGUACUCUGUCAACCGAUAGUAAAUACGAUAUUAGGGAAGAAUUUGAUUUUGAACGGAAACAAAAGAAGCUUGAUAGAGAACAAGUGUUAUUCAGAAACAGAUAUUAUUCAAAGUUUUUGUUAGCUAAAUUACAGUUCUCAAUUUCGAAUAGAGUUUAUCAAAAACUGCAUCUGCUGUGCAACGAGUACAAUACAAGACCUCCACCAAUACGUACGAUAAAAGAACUUUUGAGCCUUUACGAACAUAAAAUUCCAAUAAUAACAACCGAACACGGUGCAUACCUGCACGUUCGUCAUGCCGUUAUUAUGUUAACAUAUGGACAUCUAGAUAUUCUUGACUCCAUAUGCAAAUCCGGCAGUCGAACACUGCAUUUUCGUCUGUGUGAAGAUGGUACUUGGAUUGGAAAGAGAUUAAAUAUUCUCGUUUCCAGUUUAGGAUGGGUUGAUGCCGGCCUAAAAGCACAAUCUGCCAGCAGUUUAAUUCCACUGGCAAUCGUGAAAAUACCGAACGAAGAUCGUCUAAACUUAGACAAUUACGAGUUUGUUGCUGACCCACGUGUUACAGCAGCCACAACCACUAUUCAUGAUGAGGAAGAAGAGGAUUUAUCGAUAAGACGAGGAGGUUUAAGAAAUCAUUCAAAACGAACAAAGCAAGCUGCUUUUCGUCCAACUACUACGAACAACUACCUCGAUGAUGUGAAUCAUUUACCAACAAAACCCAAAACUGGAAGAAAAACUACAAAAACUAAAUUACCUGCAAUUGACCGAGAAACAAUGUUCAGCAGAUGGUCAGCCUACGACAAAACUAGAGGGGCUAGAACUCUGAAAGAACAUUACGAACAAGUUGUUCUGGCAUAUCCAAAAUUUGGAUAUAUACAAAAGCCACUAUAUGGAAAACAUUUCGAUUACGAAGAUAUUGUCGUGGAUAUUCUUCACAUGAAACUGAGAAUAUGCGAUCAGAUGUUAAAACAUGCUAUCAAAAUAGCUUGUGAUGUUACAACUACAAAUGCCACACAAAAAGAUGCAUUGCAACAGCUACAAAACGCAUUUACCUUCUUCACAGCGUUCAAUACAAAACAACAUGUGAGUAAUCUUUCGAUUUAA